GGUCUAAGGCGGGCAUCGCCAUCGGCAAACCGAGGCCACAGGAUCAGCAGCCUUCUCCGAAAUCCCUCUCGUGCUGCUGCGUCUCCUCCCCCUCAUCUUCUUCUCCAGCGUCCAGUUAGGCCAUGGCGUCCACCGUCUCCUUCUCCCCUACCAACGUGCAGAUGCUCCAGGGUAGGAGCGGCCGCGGUCACUCAGCUUUCGGGAGCUGCUUCGCUGUUCCAAGAGCCGGGCCAAGGCUGCGUUCCACGGCCGUCAGGGUCAGCAGCGAGCAGGAGGCGGCGGCGGCCGUCAGGGCGCCGUCAGGGAGGACCAUCGAGGAGUGCGAGGCCGACGCUGUCGCUGGGAAAUUCCCUGCUCCCCCGCCCUUGGUUAGACCAAAGGCUCCUGAAGGAACACCGGAGAUCAGGCCCCUUGACAUGACAAAGCGCCCACGUCGCAACCGGAAAUCUCCUGCUCUUAGGGCUGCAUUCCAGGAGACGAGCAUCUCACCUGCCAAUUUUGUGCUCCCAUUGUUUAUCCAUGAAGGAGAAGAUGAUGCUCCUAUAGGAGCUAUGCCAGGAUGCUAUAGGCUUGGGUGGAGACAUGGGCUUCUUGAUGAGGUUUACAAGGCACGUGAUGUUGGUGUUAACAGUUUCGUGCUAUUUCCAAAAGUUCCUGAUGCAUUGAAGACUCCAACAGGAGAUGAAGCAUACAAUGAUAAUGGACUUGUUCCACGUACAAUCCGCUUGCUUAAAGACAAAUUCCCUGAUAUUGUUAUCUACACUGAUGUUGCAUUGGAUCCUUAUUCGUCUGAUGGCCAUGAUGGUAUUGUGAGGGAAGAUGGAGUAAUUAUGAAUGAUGAAACAGUUUAUCAGUUGUGCAAGCAAGCUGUUUCACAGGCUCGUGCUGGUGCUGAUGUUGUCAGCCCUAGUGACAUGAUGGAUGGCCGUGUUGGAGCACUUCGUGCUGCUCUUGAUGCUGAGGGUUUCCAUGAUGUCUCCAUUAUGUCCUACACGGCGAAGUAUGCCAGUUCAUUUUAUGGCCCAUUCAGAGAAGCUUUAGAUUCAAAUCCAAGAUUUGGAGAUAAGAAAACUUAUCAGAUGAACCCAGCCAACUACAGAGAAGCCCUAAUAGAAACUGCAGCAGAUGAGGCGGAAGGAGCUGACAUUCUUCUAGUGAAACCAGGAUUACCAUACUUGGAUAUCAUCCGACUUCUUCGGGAUAAUUCAGCACUGCCGAUUGCUGCUUACCAGGUUUCGGGCGAGUACUCGAUGAUCAAAGCCGGCGGGGCGCUGGGCAUGAUCGACGAGCAGAAGGUGAUGAUGGAGUCGCUCAUGUGCCUGCGGCGCGCCGGCGCUGACGUCAUCCUGACCUACUUCGCCCGUCAGGCCGCGGGCGUCCUGUGCGGCAUGGGAUCCAAGUAGGUCAACCCUGGAGAAAGGCCGCGGAGCGUCACGCGACCAUCCUGUACCCCUCCAAUUGGUUGCUAGUAUUAGUCGAACUUGCAAAUAUCGUGCUGAGGAUGUUUUGAACUUGGAUUACCUGAGGCCUCGAACAAGUAGUGUACACGCGUGAAUGAUUUGUGUCAGAAAUAGUCGUGCAAACACUGUCAAGUUCCUCCCUCUCUUUUUUCUUUUAAAAAAAAUCAGAGUUGCAUUUUGGUACUAAUACAGAAUAACAGAACAACAGAACUGAGCAUCUGCGCAAUA